CUCCCAGCCCUCAUUACCGCGUGUUCAGCUGUUGCUGUUAAUACAUUAGCACCGACGAAGGUUCUGCGCUGUGUCGAAAAGGUCAUGCCCAUAAUGGAGCUUCCAAACAACUUGCUUGAACAAACGCCCAAAACACACGAUCGAAACGUCGCCCACGCCCGAAAAGCUGCCGACGCACCGCCCGGAACGCCUACACCGCGCGCACUACCUGCUUGAACACAACGCCGAACACGCAGGUCGCCCCGAAGGCCCCGGCGCCGCCGCCGGACUGCCACGACGCCGAGUCGUGCGCCGCGCUCGCCGAGGAGUACGCUCACGAGGCCGACGCGCUGCGCGCGUCCAUCGCCGAGCUGUCCGACGAGCUCCAGCAGGCCAAGCUCGAGCGCAUCGAGAACAACAUCCUUGAAUUUGUCGAAGAGGCACCCUCGGCGUUGCCCGGAAUCAAGUUCCGCACGACUUUACGGGGCCUGGACGGCGGCGACGCGGCGUUCCUCCGGGCGCAGUGGAGCUUCCUCGAGUCAGGUGGUUGUAUUGUGACGCCGGCGUCGGGCCGCGACUCGUCUUGCACAUUAGAAGCCGGUGGCGCCGGCUGGCGGCUCAUGCCAGCCAAGGUCCAGGGCCCGCAGCGGGAUACGCCGGACAUUUUUGAAUGCUGGUGCUUCGUGAAAGAUGGCGACGGUCAGAUGACGAAGGUGACGCUGCGCACGACGUCGCUGCCAUAUGACGACGCCGCAUCCCUGAGAGAGGAGGCCGCGAAGGCGGCGACGCGCCACAAGGCCCAGGCGGCCAAGUUCGCGGACGCGCAGCAGCAGUACAAAGACAAGCACGCAGGCCGGUCGUUCCUCGACACGCUGCUGGACUACCGCGAGCUCAUCAAGGCGCACGAGGCGUCGUCGGUCGCGGCGGGCGCGCGCGAGACGGUGGACUCCUUUGCGCGCGGCGCCGACGGCGCUGAAGUUACAUUAGGUGAUCAGCGCGUCGUGCUGGGCAAGCGCGGCCACUAUUUAGUGGGCGAGCUGCCGCCGGCGCCCGUCGAGCUCGCGGCGCGCCUCUUGCCGUUCCUCAAGGACCAGCGGUCCGUCUGGGGCACGUUCACCGCCUGGUGAUCUACUGUGACGACCAAAUUCAUCCCUCGACUCGUGUAAGAAAUACAUGUCCG